AUGGUUAAUCAAUAUAGCGUGCCAGUUGGCCCAGCCGCCAACGAGCACGAAACUGCUCCAAGAAGAAACUGCCAAUCUGCUCAAGAGCCGCUUGUAAGGCCGCCUAAUACGAAAUGCUCCACCGUAUACGAGUUCGCGCUGGAGUGUUUCCAGAAGGGUAAGAAUCACAAUGCCAUGGGUUGGAGGGACGUCAAGGAAGUGCAUGAAGAGUCUAAGACGAUAAUGAAGAAAGUUGACGGGAAGGAGACUCCAGUGGAGAAGAAAUGGAUGUUCUAUGAACUUUCCAAAUACCAAUAUAACACUUUCGACCAGUUAACCGAUAUUAUGCACGAUGUCGGUCGCGGGCUGGUGAAAAUGGGGUUGAACCCGAAUGCUGAUGACAAACUACACCUGUAUGCCGCGACUUCUCACAAGUGGAUGAAAAUGUUCUUGGGUGCGCAGUCGCAGGGUAUCCCCGUGGUAACGGCUUAUGACACUUUGGGUGAAAAGGGGCUGAUCCAUUCUUUGGUGCAAACGGGGUCCAAUGCUAUUUUUACAGACAACUCUUUGCUAGCAUCUUUGAUUAAACCGGUCCAGUCCGCCCAAGACAUAAAAUUCAUAAUUCAUUUCGACUCCAUCGAUCCCGAGGACAAGAGACAAGACGGUAGGAUAUACCAGUCUGCCAACGACGCCAUCAACAAGAUCAAAGAAGUUAGACCUGACAUCAAGACCUUAAGUUUCAAUGAACUUUUGAAAUUGGGCCAAAACUCCCGUAACGAAAUCGACAUUCAUCCACCUAGUGCGGAUGACCUUUCUUGUAUCAUGUACACCUCAGGUUCUACGGGUGAACCCAAGGGUGUAGUUUUAAAGCAUUCGAACGUCGUUGCAGGUGUGGGUGGUGCAAGUUUGAACGUCACCGGCUUCAUAGAUACCAAGGACCGUGUUAUUUGCUUUUUGCCAUUGGCUCAUAUCUUUGAAUUGGUGUUUGAGCUAUUAUCCUUUUAUUGGGGGUCCUGUAUUGGUUAUGCCAAUGUCAAAACUUUAACCAAGAACUCUGUGAAGCAUUGCCAAGGUGAUUUGCAAGAAUUCAAACCCACUAUCAUGGUCGGUGUCGCCGCCGUUUGGGAAACAGUGAGAAAGGGAAUCUUAAACCAAAUCGACGAUCUACCUUUCCUCACCAAGAAAAUUUUUUGGACUACCUAUAAUGCCAAGCUAAACAUGGAACGUUUCCGUAUACCAGGUGGUGGAAUCUUGGGUAAUUUAAUCUUUAAGAAAGUUAGAACCGCUACUGGUGGUCAAUUGAGGUACCUAUUAAAUGGUGGAUCUCCAAUCAGUAGAGAUGCUCAGGAGUUCAUUACCAACUUGCUCUGCCCUAUGUUGAUUGGUUACGGUUUAACUGAAACUUGUGCUAGUACCACUAUCUUGAACCCUGGUCAUUUCGAAUUAGGUGUUGCAGGUGACUUGACUGGCUGUGUCACUGUCAAAUUAGUCGACGUUGAAGAACUGGGCUAUUUUGCUAAAAAUAACCAAGGUGAAGUUUGGAUCAAAGGUGCCAAUGUCACGCCCGAAUACUAUAAAAACCCAGAGGAGACUUCUCAAGCUCUAACUUCCGAUGGUUGGUUCAAGACUGGUGAUAUCGGUGAAUGGGAAAAAAGCGGUCAUUUGAAAAUUAUUGAUAGGAAGAAAAACCUGGUCAAAACAAUGAAUGGUGAAUACAUUGCCCUUGAAAAAUUGGAAUCUGUUUACAGAUCCAACGAGUACGUCGCCAACAUUUGUGUUUACGCCGACCAAACAAAGACCAAACCGGUAGGUAUUAUUGUCCCAAACAAUGCUCCGCUAACAAAAUUGGCCAAAAAGCUAGGUAUCAUGAAGGAAGAUGAAAGCUCGAUCAACAUUGAAAACUACUUACAGGAGCCAAAGUUGGUUAAAGCUGCCUAUUCCGAUCUUUUGAAGACCGGCAAAGACCAAGGUUUAGUCGGUAUUGAAUUGCUAGCGGGUAUAGUAUUCUUUGACGGCGAAUGGACUCCACAAAAUGGCUAUGUCACCUCUGCCCAGAAAUUGAAGAGAAAAGAAAUUUUGAACUCUGUCAAAGAUGAAGUUGACGCCGUUUACGGCUCUUAA